AUGAGGCGACGAGUGGAACUUGUAGUUUCAUGUAAAGAGGAGCUUAAGGCAAAGGUUCGCACCGUGGUUUACACGAAGGAGCGCGAGGAAGAUGAAGAAAGUGUAGGCUCCUCAAAUCAUGUUACAAUCCAAAAUGAGUACGAUUCUCUACCUCAAAUAAAGAUUGAUGAAGAGUUAGAAGAUAUUGUCUGGUGUUGUCAUAUAUCUGUCAAUGACAAUGAUCCUUUAGAAGAGGAAGAUGCUGGAGAUGCUCCACCGAAACUUGAAGAAGGAGUAAAGACCACAAUAGACCCUUUGAAAGAAGUUAACAUUGGCACUGAUGAAGACCCAAGGCCAACUUACUUGAGUGCCUUUCUAGAAGUUGAUGAAGAAAUCGCUUAUAUGAAUAUACUAAAAGAAUAUAGGGAUGUCUUCGCUUGGAGUUAUAAAGAAAUGCCUGGAUUGAAUCCUAAAGUAGCGGUCCAUCAGUUGGCAGUCAAAAAUGGUUCUCGGCCCAUUAAGCAAGCUCAAAGAUGCUUUAGGCCAGACUUGGUUCCAUUGAUAGAAAAUGAAGUUAAUAAACUCAUUGAGGCAGGCUUUAUUCGUGAGGUUAAAUAUCCUACAUGGAUUUCAAGUAUUGUUCCUGUGAAGAAGAAGAAUGGUCAAAUUCGAGUAUGUGUUGACUUUAGAGAUCUUAAUAAUGCAUGCCCUAAAGAUGAGUUUCCUCUUCCCAUUCUAGAGCUGAUGAUUGAUGCCACCACUGGAUAUGAGGCAAUGUCGUUCAUGGACGGUUCUUCUGGCUAUAAUCAAAUCCGCAUGGCUCCAAAGGAUGAAGAACUCACCGCAUUGCGCACACCUAAGGGUAUUUAUUGCUACCAAGUGAUGCCAUUUGGUUUAAAGAAUGCUGGUGCUACAUAUCAAAGGGCUAUGCAAAAUAUAUUUGAUGACUUGCUUCAUAAAAAUGUUGAAUGUUAUGUUGAUGACCUGGUGGUAAAAUUCAUAAAGAGGAGUGAUCAUUUGAAAGACUUAAGAAUGGUGUUUGAGCUGCUUCGAAGAUAUCAACUAAGGAUGAAUCCAUUGAAGUGUGCCUUUGGAGUUACUUCUGGAAAGUUCCUUGGCUUCAUUGUGAGACAUCGAGGAAUUGAGAUUGAUCAAGCCAAAGUUGAUGCAAUAUUGAAGAUGCUUGCACCUCAAAACAUUCAUGAGUUAAAAAGUCUCCAAGGAAAGCUAGCCUACUUGAGGAGGUUCAUCUCAAACCUGGCAGGACGAUGCCAACCAUUCGGUCAUCUCAUGAAGAAGGGCGCUCCUUUUAAUUGGGACGAAACAUGUAGCGACGCCUUUAAAAGUAUCAAGUCAUAUCUAGCAAAACCUCCAGUUUUGGCAGCCCCUAUACCUGGAAAGCCAUUGAUACUCUACAUUGCGGUACAAGAAAGGUCCGUAGGAGCCCUGUUAGCUCAAGAGAAUAGUGAAGGCAAAGAAAACUCUCUUUACUACUUGAGUAGAACGAUGACACCAAAUGAGCUGAACUAUUCACCGAUUGAAAAAUUAUGCUUGGCGCUAGUCUUCUCAAUUCAAAAGAUGAAGCAUUAUUUUCAAGCACAUGUUGUUCGUCUUAUUUCUAGAGCAAAUCCCAUCAAGUUUGUUAUGUCGAAACCUGUCCUUAGUGACCGACUAGCAAGAUGGUACCUCCAAUUCCAACAGUUUGAGAUCGUGUACAUCCCUCAAAAAGCUGUGAAAGGACAAGCAUUGGCGAAUUUCUUGGUAGACCAUCCGAUACCAAAUGAUUGGGAUUUAACUGAUGAGCUUCCUGAUGAAGAUGCAAUGUUAAUUGAAGUUCUACCUCCUUGGAAAAUGUACUUUGAUGGAGCUGCACAUCGUGGCGGAGCUGGUGCUGGUGUAGUGUUCAUUACUUCACAAGAAGAGAUCCUACCAUUCUCAUUUUCUUUGAAGCAAUGUUGCUCCAAUAAUGUCGCUGAAUACCAAGCGUUGAUACUUGGACUUGAGAUGUUAAACUUACAAGUCUUUGGUGACUCUCAGUUGGUGAUCAACCAACUCUUGGGAAGUUAUGAGGUGAAGAAGCCUGAAUUGCGUCCUUAUCAUGAUUAUGCUCAAAAGUUGAUAGGAUGGCUUGGAGAUGUAACCCUUCAACAUGUGCGUAGAACGGAGAAUAAAAAAGCUGAUGCAUUGGCUGCUCUAGCUUCAACACUAACCCUUCCUGAUCAGACGCAAGUGACUAUUUGUCAAAAUUGGAUAGUACCACCGCCAAAUGAGGAAGAAUGUAUAGAAAAUGAGUUUAAUCAUUUCGUCGCCGUUUCUGAAGCCGCGAAGGAAGAGUGGAGACAACCCAUUAUUGACUACAUGUGUUAUGGGAUACUUCCAGAAGAUCCAAAGAGAAGGACUGACAUUCGUCGUCGUGCACCUCACUUCCUUUAUUACAAGGACACAUUAUAUAGAAGAUCAUUUGAUGGUGUACUAUUACGAUGUUUGGGAGAGGAAGAAGCAAUUCAAGCUUUACAAGAAGCACACUCGGGAGUGUGUGGAUCACAUCAAUCUGGACCAAAACUCCACUUUCACAUAAAGAGGAUGGGGUAUUAUUGGCCAACCAUGGUGAAGGAUUGCUUAGAUUAUGCUCGGAGGUGCGAUGCUUGUCAAUUUCAUGCGAAUUUUAUACAUCAGCCGCCCGAAGUAUUGCACCCAACUAUUGCAUCUUGGCCAUUUGACGCUUGGGGACUGGAUGUUGUGGGACCACUACCAAAAUCUUCUGGUGGACACUUGUACAUCUUGGCUGCAACAGAUUACUUCUCAAAAUGGGCUGAAGCUGUCGCUCUUAAAGAAGUGAAGAAAGAGAAUGUUGCAAAUUUUAUCCGAGUGAAUAUCAUAUAUCGCUUUGGCAUCCCUCGCUACAUUAUAACAGACAAUGGCAAGCCAUUUGAUAAUAAGUUAAUGAACAAAAUUUGUGAUCUCUUUAACUUCAAGCAGCGUAAAUCUUCUAUGUAUCAUGCUGCCGCCAAUGGUCUUGCUGAAGCAUUUAAUAAAACUCUAUGCAACCUCCUCAAGAAAGAAUAUCAAUAUUUUGAUCUUAACCGCUCGGUUUCUGAUGCUCAACUUUCACUUGUUGACAAUUCAGACAUUUAG